UCUGUUCUCAGAUGAAAAACAUGAAAUGAGAGAAAAUAUUUAUAAAAGUCGUAUUCUUUCAGUAAAGAAAUCUUGGAAAGUAUCUGCAAAAAUGGUUGAACAAAAUUCUGUCUUGAACAAUGCUGAUGAUGGUGCUGCGGCAUCACAGGAUCUCUCUUCUAGUCAGCAAUUCGUUAAUGAUGAUACAACUUUGGCACAUGAUAUUAUAUCAGCCAAUCAGCAGGCAAGAGAUAAGCCAUGUGAGCAAACCUCAGAGAAGGAUGAGUCAAUCGUUGUUGAGCAGGAAGUACAGAAAGCACCAGAUGGAGGCUGGGGAUGGUUCAUAGUUGUUGGAUCAUGUUUGGUUCAUGUAAUUAUGGGUGGGUUUGAACGUUCCAAUGGAGUUAUGUAUCUUCAGCUGCUGUCAAAAUAUGGUCACAGUGCAACUGCAACAUCCUGGGUACUGUCUGUCUUCUCCACUCUCAGACUUGCUAUGGGACCACUUGCUAGUGCCCUAUGUAACAGAUUUUCUUGUCGGGUUGUGGUGAUACUAGGCGCAGCUAUCGCAUCACUAGGUGUACUGAUCUCCGCCUUCGUUCCUGAUCUGCCGUACCUGUAUCUUACCUAUGGAGUACUUGGUGGAGUGGGAAGAGCUUUUACCUACACCCCAAGCUUGAUCAUUGUUGGCUAUUACUUCAACAAGAGGCGAGGUAUAGCGGUGGGUCUCUCUACCUCUGGUGUUGGCUUUGGAAGUUUCCUGUUUCCACCAGUUAUUGAGAUACUGUUCAACUAUUACGGGUUUAUGGGGUCAUUAAUUAUACUGUCAGCGGUAAUGAGUAAUUUCUUCAUAUCUGGUGCUCUUUUCAGACCGUUAGAUCUUCACAGGAAACUCAUGGAACAUGACAGGCAAAAAGACAUGACUAGAGGGGAACCAGCUGAACACCUACUGACUCCCGUUACCAUGACAACAAGAACACAAAAUCUAUUGCCAUCGCAGUCAGCAGCAAAAAUGUCUUCAUCUAUGGAGUUAACUGCAAACGUGAAAAUAGAAUCCAAGAAAACUUCUUUAUUUCAAAGAAAAUUUUCUCAAGUGAAGUUAGCUAUAAAAGGAUCAGAUAAAGCUGAAGACAAGAAGGAAAAUAAAAAGCCUCUCUUAGAUAUAUCUCUCUUUAGAAAUUUUGCAUUUAGUGCACUGUGUAUACAAUUGUUUUUGUUUACGAUUUCGUUCAACUCGACAUUUGUAUUUUUACCUGCCCUUGCAGAGGAACGGGGAGUGGAUCGAUUGGAAGGUGCAUAUUUAAUUUCUAUAUUAGGGAUAUUUGAUGGUAUAUCAAGGAUAGUAAUGUCCUCAGUGCUAGAUUUAAAACGUGUGAAACCCUAUAGGUUGAUAAUAUAUAAUUGUGUUAUGUUCUUUGUGGCAGUUGUGUCCCUUGUCAUGCCAUCUAUGUCAAAGUUUUGGCAUUUUGCUUUAACCAGUGGAUUUUAUGGUGUACUAUCAGGGACAUACAUUUCCCAGAAGUCAGUGGUUGUGGUGGAUAUUCUAGGAGUGGAGAAUUUAUCCAGCUCGUUUGGACUGCUUCUCAUGUUUCAAGGUCUCAGUGGACUGGUUGGCCCUACUGUGGGAGGUCUGUUUAAAGACUUCCUGGGCACAUAUGACAUGGCAUUCUAUUUUGGUUCAAUUGGUAUUGUCCUAGGAGGUAUUACUAUGGCUGCUGGGAAUGUAUGGCUUCAUAAACAGAAAAAACAGAGAGAGAAACUACAAAUGCAGGAAAAUGAUGGAACAUACUAACAGUCUUUUAUGCUUAAAUAAAGGGAGACAAUCCUGAGUUACAAAUGAUCUUGACAUUUUUUAUGAAGUAUACGAACAUGUUAAAAUCUCUUAUAGCGCACACCUGCCAUAAUGAUAUACAUGACAGUAAGCACACUGUAUCUCAUAUGAUAUUUUUGUUUGAAUUAUAAUGAAAUUGAAAAAAAAAAUGAAUUGUUAAAUAUUGUGCAUUUUAAUUUUUUGUAAGACUGAUAUUUGUAUUUAUUACAUGACUGCAUAUACUGCCAUUCAGUAGUAUGGGUUAUAUGACGGGUUUAUAUUCAGCAUAUGUUUACUGGGCUAAAAUGUCAACAAUUUUUAAAAAAUCAAUUUCUGAUUUCAUUUAAUAAAACACUUAUUGAAUGGUGUAAUGGUCAAUUUUCUAAGCUGUUGGCCUUGGGACGUUUAAACCUAUGGCAGUAAGUUUGAAAAUUAACCAUCAAGACUUCUUUUAGUAAGACUGUUAUAUAUAUUGUUAAAUAUGUAUAUAUUACAAGCUUAACCUACAUCCAAAAUUGAUGUAUGUAAAAUACAUUUAUGUCAAUGUCUAAUCAUUGAACAAGAAUGAACAAUGUGCUCAUCAGCUUUCAAGGGAGACAUCAGGUAUAUAUAAGAUUUUAAAUUUGUGCUCUUCAAGAGAAGAUUGAAGAAAGUAGGAAUGACUUGCCAAAAUAUUCCUAGUCUUUUCCUAGUCGUAAUAAAAUGUAAGAAAGAUCUUGGUGAAGUUUGCAUGACAGAAACAAUUUUUGUUUUACAUAUCAUUGAUACUAACAAAAUUACACUUAAGCAUAUUUGUAUUUACAUAGUUUAUUGUUGUGUGUGAGGGUGCUAACAUCUCAUUGAUCUCAUAAGUAUAAUGAUAAUACCGGUAUGUAUUUUUACUACGCACUAAUAGGAAACCUUUUUUUUAAAACAACAUUAAUGUCAUAAAUAGCCUGACAUAAGGUGUCUGCCAUUUCUUAUGUUUAAGGGCUGAGGGGGUAUAUGAAAUUUCAAUAACCUUGAUAUAGUAUAAUUAAAACAAAAUUAAACCAAAGAAAAAGGCGUUUUUCUUCAAGCAUGUUUUAUUUUUUCAUUUUUACAUUCUUCACUAUGUCGUAUUCUACAUCCGAUCCCCGGCCGCGUCAUACCAAAGACGUAAAAAAUGGUACUAGCAGCUUCCUCGCUUGGCGCUCAGCAUUAAGGGGCUAGUGCUAGGACUGGUCAGCCAGUUGUCAGUAUAAUGUGACUGGGUGGGGUAUCAUGCCACGUGUCUACGGCGUGAUAUUCCAGUGAGGCAGCACUAUAAAGUUGGGCAUUGUGCUCACUGCUACAAGUAGACACCGUCGUUUAUAUGACUGAAAAAUUGUUGAAAAAGACGUUAAACCCGAACACACACACACAUAUUCUACAUUUUGUAACAAAACUACACAGUUUUAUGAAAACAUAAUAUUACCAUUUUAUACAAUUUAAAAUUGACAUGAAGGUGGAAAUGGUUGGAGUGGGGAGAGGCACUCCACUUAAAAUUUGAUAGCAAUAUUUACACUGUUAAUUUCCCACAGGAAAAAUUGCUAGACACUAAUAAACAGUGUCUGACAUCUGUUUCUCAGAUCUGAAAUUUUCUCGGGGUACAUGCGGGUCAUAGACUAGACAUAUUUUUGUAGAUUUCUUCACUUUACAGAAUGUAAUAUCAAUUUUAGUUUAUGCUUUUUCAAUAUUUAUAUGUUAGUGCUUGCAUGUAGUUUGCCGAUAAUAGUCAUCUUAGUUAUUUUCUUGUUAAUAUACUACAAGUUUUGCUUUUAAAUUAUGAAGGUAAGCAUUUUUAUGUUGGCCAUAUUUAAAAUAUGUUUAUGUAAACCUCAUUUUAAUGUGUUCAUGUGUUAUUGUAUUCUUAACGUUUUAGUGAAGUUCAUAGCUGAAUACUGUAAAAACAGAAAUUUUUGUGAGGGUUUAAUUUUUGCUAUAUUUGCAAGGCCCUACAUCUCGCGAAAACUAAUCCUUGUGUAAAUAUUCACAAUUGGUAUAAUUCAAAUUAAUGAAGGAUACCAUUUUUACAAUUUUCCGAAUAUUAAACCUCGUGGACAUAAUCAAAAUUACGAAUUUGUGAAAUUUUGACCCAGUGAAAAAAUGUGCUUUUACAGUAGUGCUGUUAUGGUUAUGCUGUUUACAUUGUCUUUCAUUUAUCUACAUUUACAGAAAAUAGUAUGAGUUGCACCAUGAAAAAACCAACACAGUGCAUUUGCAAUGAGCAUGGAUCAAGACCAGCCUGCGCAUCUGUGCAGUCUGGUCAGGAUCCAUGCUGUUCGCUAACGGUUUCUCUAAUUGCAAUAGGGUUUGAAAGCGAACAGUAUGGAUCCAUGCUGGUCGCGAAUGCACUAUGUUGGUUUUCUCAUGGUGCGCCACAAUUACUGUCUUUGCAUUUACAUAAUUAUGUUUGAAAUUCAUAAAUUUAUAUUGGAUAUAUUAAUAAUAAUGAUUUAUUUUUUGUCUUUAGCCUUUUUAGAACACUGAUAUAUAUGGGUUGUAAAGGUUGCUGAUUUCAAAUCACUUGUCUCUUGCCGAUAUUGGUUUGAGUCUCACUUUGGGCAUAGAAUUUUCAUGUGAAGAACCCAUAAACCGGCUUAGAAAAGGCUGGUGGUACUGCCGAGGUGUCAGCCCGUGAGGAAAUAAUGCAGGAAGGGGCACCUGGGAAUUUCUUCCACUGGAAAGCUUUAAAGUAAUGCCAAAUGACCUAUAAUUGUGUUGAUAGGGUGUUAAACCCAACAAAAGAAAUAAACAAAGGACACUGAUAUAUCAGAUUUUGUUAUUUCUUACAUUUUAAUGGACUAUUUUUGCACUAUCAUUACACAUAUACAUGUAAAUUUACAGUCAGAAAUUUUAAAUUUACAGUCAGAAGUUCUUAUUCAGGAAAUAUAUACUGUUUUUGCAUUUACUUGUUUGUAAUUAAUAUCAGAUACUGGUAAACCCGAACAGAAAAUGAGGUUUUUUAUCUGUAACUUUUUUAUUUGUUGUCAGUUGUUGGUAUCAAAAUAAAGCUUAACAUUUGCUGAAAACAUUACAUAAAUCAAAUUUAUAUUUAGUAAGCAAACUCACAUGAAGUGAGGCCCUGAAAGGGGUAUGUAAAAUGGUGACUGUACGAACGUUGACUGAUGAUAAAUUCGACCACUUUUGUCAUUUACAAAAUUUUCCUCAUUAUAUUGAAACUUUCCCAAAAAUGCUGCAACAGUCAUUCCUGAUCAAAUAAUGAAAAGUGACCAAAUGUCAGGCCUUGAUGUGUUGACAGUGAGCAUGCGUAAAAAACACCCUCUUCCCCAGUAAUUUUGGAUAAAUAUUUUGUUAUACAGAUAAAUGUAAGUCAUUUAUUUAUACAGAAUAUUUACCAAUUUUGUUUUUGUUUAUGCCAGUUGGUGUUGUAAGUGGUUGCUAUUAGAUGGUGUGUUCAAUUUUAUAAAUAACUGAUUGCAAUCGAAUAAUUCCAAGGUGGUCGACUUUAUCAUCUGUCCGGGUUUAUCAUCAGUACCAGUAUAUUAAUCAGAGUUUGUUUUUUUCUUUGUCUUAAGAUUUAUUGGAACACAAAUGUCUCAGUUUUUAUUAUUAUACAUUUUGAUGGACUAGUUUCGCACUAACAUUGCACAAAUAUGUUUAAAGUUUAAAGUCAGAAUAUUUUUAUUUAAGUCAAAAAUACUAGUACCUAUGUAGAAUUUCCAUAUUGCAGUUAUCUUUUAUUUUGAUCAGUAUCUUAAAGGUUCAAAGUAGAAUUUUUGUGUGCAACAAAAAGGUACCUGUAACAAAUUACUUUUGAAAUACUUUGUUACCAUGUCAUAUCUUCAGAUGUAUAUUAAGUGUGACUUGUUAAUCAUAGUGCUGAUACUGAUAUUACUGUUUUAAUAUCUACAUAUGAAUUUGUUCAAUAUGUGAUCAAAUUACACUGUGUUUGUUAAGAUGAUAUACAAGAGAUUUCUUAGCUGGAAUAAAACUGUGAAACAUC